AUGGAUACAGGAGGAGGAGAAGAUGCAACAGCACAGCGUAUAUUACGUAUUACGGACAUUGCCCAGGAACCAUUGCAAUUUCUUGCACCUAUUAGCGGUUAUGGGAAAGCACCCCUUGUUUCACUGGAACAAGCAGUAGAACCACUUGUUCCGAUCCUACCAGAAGUUCAGAGCUAUGCUUAUGCCGCUAAACAAAGAUGUGAGAAUCCUGCUGAUGGAUUGACACAAGAUGAAUCUGCAUCAAUUAUGCUAUACACGAUGGGAUGGGAACCACUUGAUGAAUGCCUAUACUUCGUUUUGAAUGACACAUUACGAUCAUCAGAACGACGACAAAAACUUAAACCAUGGUAUUUGUUUAUAAGACUCUUUCUUAAUGCACUAUUUCGUCUUCCACCACUUGUAAAAACUGCAUACAGAGGUGUUAAAUUAGAUCUAAGCAAAAAAUAUAUCGCAGGGAAAACAAUCGUCUGGUGGGGCUUUUCAUCUUGCACAACAGCCGUUAAUGUUCUACAGUCAGAACUAUUUUUGGGAACGACAUGUGACAGAACAAUGUUUACCUUACAAUGUCAAUCAGCUAGAGAUAUUCGUAAGCAUUCGUAUCUAUCAGACGAAGAUGAAGUACUGCUUAUGGCUGCAACUCAAUUCAAAGUAAUGGGCUGUCUUAAUCAGGGAAAUCUUCACAUUGUUCAACUGGAAGAAACUAGCCCUCCAUUUCCACUUUUACAACCAGUAUCAGUUGUUGUUCCACCACCAAUCAAUCCAUCUUCCCCAAGUAAGUAA